GUCCACGUGGCUUCCACGGCGAAGGUUACAAAAGGGAGAGGGGAGGGCGUGAUCGGAGAGAGAAGAUCUCUUCUCACAGACGCAGAGAACGGCGACCCACAGACGCAGAAUAUUUUAGAACCUGUUCUUCAUGAGUUCAAGAAGCACAGUAGGAUCCACUGUUUCCUGCAACUUGGGAAACAAGAACAGCUUCUUCUUCUGGAUUCUUGUUUGCCUGAUUCCAAGAUUCUUUGGGGCUACAGUUGUUUACAAGAACUUCCUGUUACUGAAGGCCAUCGUAAGAAAUCCCUCUUCUUCAGUUAGGGCACUACAAACCUGUGGAGUAAGCCUCCCAUAGCAGCACAUAUUUGGGUUUGCGUGUCUGCUGUGGAUUGCUUGAAAUUAUAAGAGAUGGUUGCAUCUCAGUUAAGCAGUUUUCCAUCUGUUGGUCUGUGCAAGGGGUUUCAAUCCAAGUUGCUCCUCUCUGUUGACUCCCCCUCCACUGUUCCCUCGGAGCAUGUGGAGUUUGAUUUUGAAGAGGUUUUUGGGCCACUGCCAGUUCAACCCUCUAGUCCUCUGACUCCUAGUGAUCCACAUGAAAGAGUGUUUGAAGAUCCUGUUAUGAUUCAGAGCCGGUCACACUCAUUGGUGGGGCCUUCAGCUUGCAUCAGUCAGGCAUUGCCCCAUAGCAAACUUACCCUGGUUGAAACAGAAAGCACAUUGGAACUUGUGGACUGUGAUGUUGCAGAAACUCUGAAAGAAAAAGGACUAUCUGAAGGUAAUUUGUCAGAUGAUGUUCCAUGCAUGGUGAAGCCUCAGUGUCUGACGGAACAGGGCGUUGGACUUGAUGAUUUUGAAGUAAUGAAGGUGGUUGGGCAAGGAGCAUUUGCUAAAGUCUUUCAAGUAAAGAAGAAGGGGACUGCAGAAAUUUAUGCAAUGAAGGUUAUGCGCAAAGAUAAGAUACUGGAGAAAAAUCAUGCAGAUUACAUGAAAGCUGAGAGAGACAUUUUGACUAAGAUUGAGCAUCCCUUUGUUGUUCAGCUUAGGUACUCAUUUCAGACUAAGUACCGACUUUAUCUUGUGUUGGACUUCAUUAAUGGUGGCCACCUAUUCUUUCAACUCUAUCAUCAGGGUCUUUUUAGGGAGGAUGUUGCACGGAUCUAUACUGCUGAGAUUGUUUCUGCUGUAUCUCACCUUCAUGCCAAUGGUGUAAUGCAUAGGGAUCUGAAGCCAGAGAAUAUCCUUCUAGAUGCAGAUGGCCAUGUUAUGCUGACAGAUUUUGGACUGGCAAAGCAAUUUGAGGGGAAUGCCAGAUCAAAUUCUCUGUGUGGGACAGUAGAAUACAUGGCACCUGAAAUUGUUCUUGGAAAAGGGCAUGAUAAAGCAGCUGACUGGUGGAGCGUUGGAAUACUGCUGUUUGAAAUGCUUACUGGAAAGCCGCCAUUUAUUGGAGGGAAUCGACAAAAGAUUCAACAGAAAAUAAUCAAGGAUAAGAUCAAACUGCCUGCAUUUCUGUCCAGUGAAGUGCACUCUUUGCUUAAAGGGCUUCUGCAAAAGGAUCCAAGCAAGCGGCUUGGCAGUGGCCCAGAUGGCAGCGACGAGAUCAAGCGCCACAAGUGGUUCAAGUCCAUCAACUGGCGAAAGCUUGAAGCUCGAGAGAUUGAGCCUGGUUUCAAGCCGAAGGUUGGAGGCAAAGAUUGUGUUGCCAACUUCGAUGAACGAUGGACAAAGUUGCCUCUGCUAGACUCUCCGGCAGCAAGUCCAAGGCCAGGCGAGAAUGAAUUUGCUGGAUUUACAUUUGUGAGGCCUAGCCCAUUUCUGCUUAAGCCUCGCUCUGUUAUGUAGCCGACAAUCUUCGUUGAUCGGUUCCAGAUUAUGCUGCGGAGACACUAAGUCAUUUCUUUUGAAUUUCUGCUCUGUUUUCAUGUCUGCUUUAAUUAUUAGCAACAAUACUGUUUCAUACUUUCAACGCAGACAUCUUAUAUGGCA